AUGGAGUUUUUAAAUUUCAAUCCCAGGGACAAAUCGUUGAAGCUUGAAGAGGCUCCUGUUCCUGUCCCAGCAGAGAAUGAAGUUUUGAUCAGAGUAUCAUUCGCUGGUGUCAGUGAAACCGAUAUACAGACGAUCGAAGGUAGCUACCCUCGCAAAGAGAACGAGGACGCGGUUCUUUUGGGUCGUGAAAUUGUCGGUGUCGUACAAGCGAUCGGCUCAGCUGUUACCACACUUUCCGUUGGGCAAGCAGUAGCCGUAAAUCCAAACGAGGGAUGCGAUGUUUGUAAUUUUUGUCGGGCCGGCGGUUAUAAUCAUUGUCAAAAAGCCGGCGCGGCCUCGACGCCCGAAAUUUGGCGUAACGGAGGAUGGAGAACUCACGCUUUGGUCCCAGAGAAACAGGUUUAUUUGGUUCCCGCAGGGGUGACUUUAUCUCAGGCGGUACUAGCGGAGCCUUUGUCUUAUUUGGCUCAUAGCUGGGCCAAGAUUAAUCCGGUCGAAGUCGGCACCGGGACACUGGUGAUCGGCGCUGGUAUACUGGGUUUCCUGUGGGCGUCGCUCCUACACCUCCACGGACUGAGGAAAACCGUGACGAUAAUCGAACCGCGGAUCAAGCGACGAAAACUGUUCGAAAAACUCGAUUUGGGAUUCCGAGCGCUGGAUAUCGAUGACGUGAAAGGCGAGGAAUUCGACCUGGUGAUAGACUGCAGCGGUGCUGGUUCCGCAACGGAGACAGCUUUGACAUCCCUCGGUAGUGGAGGUCGUCUUUGUUUGGUCGGCUCUACAAACCCUCUGGCAGAGAUAAAAUUCAAACCGUUCCAGGCCACCAGGAAGGAAUUUUCUAUAAUUGGGGCGCACAUCAAUCAAUUCACAUUCGGAAGGACAUUGUCUCUGAUAACAGCGAUGGGUGACACGUAUCUCGAUUAUGAAAAGCUUGGAAUCGGUGUCUACAAACUUUCACGGUACGAAGAGGCUCUGGCAGCCGUGAAAACUGGAGAUAUUACCAAAGCAGUGUUCAAGUUUUAAAUAUCAUACGAUCAAAUUACAUCUGACGAUCCGAACAUUUUUUCUUUCACCUUCGCUUGAACCAAUAAAGAACGAAUAAAUUAAUCGUCGGCAAUA